CCCUGACGUAUCCGUGCUGUCAGACAAUUUUCAUAGCGGGUCUUUCUAAGUCUCGGCUUUUUUACCUUGACAGGUAGCCUACAUUUUAUCUACAUUUUAAAGUUAACGAACGAACUGGCUGUGCUGUGAGUUUGUUAGACACGCAUUGGUGUUACUGUGUAACAUUGUGGCGCGCGUUCUUUUUUUAAUAUCUAGAAAUGGUUAUUAUUGCUGUUGGUGUAUUUAAUGGUGCACUUUCUUCCAUAUCUGUUUUCAUGCGUGCGCUGACGUGCUUUCUUAAGGUGUCGUAGAGCGUGAUUGUAGCAGGGGUACAGGAGCAUCUUUUUGGCUGAAGCUUCCGAAAUCUUUAUGAUUGGAAGCGCGGCGCGGGAGGCGGAACCUGCAGGAGCGACACAACAGCCUACUCUGAAGUGUCGGUACCCAGAUCAUCAUUCAUUCCCCUGAACACCAUAGACAGCAGCCGGGGCAACAUCGGCGGGACGCCGACCGCUUUCUUCAAGGAAAAGGGACGAAGGAGAGGGAGAGGAAAACAGGACAAUCAAGCCGGUUUCGAGCAGUUCAGUGGCAUCCAGGGUGGCGCUCACUUUAUGUGUGACUGAUACCCCAGGGAAGGAGUACAGAAGCUUUGCUCAAAGCAUCCACAGGAUCCGGGAUAAUCUGCACCUUGAGCAUGGAGCCUGCUGCCCAGUCAGAGAUGAACAUCAUUCCCAAUGGGAAGGGUCACGACCUUGGGGAGGAGGCAAAGGGGCCGGGGAAGACGCUGCCAGAGGACAAAGAUCAUCCCCACAGGCUCCAGACUGCGGAGGGGAAUGUGGCAGAAAGCCAAGAUUUCUUGCCUGACAUGGACAACAUGAAAACAACUAACUUCACUGAUUUUGAAGGGAAGACUUCUUUCGGAAUGUCAGUUUUCAACCUGGGGAAUGCCAUCAUGGGCAGUGGCAUUCUGGGAUUGGCGUACGCCAUGGCCAACACUGGGAUUGUCCUCUUCCUAUUUCUCCUCACCGUGGUCGCUGCCCUCUCAUCCUACUCUAUUCAUCUGCUGCUCAAGUCUUCAGGCAUUGUGGGGAUCCGAGCCUAUGAGCAGCUGGGAUUCAGAGCGUUUGGCACCCCGGGGAAGAUGGCUGCUGGGAUUGCCAUCACCUUGCAGAACAUCGGAGCCAUGUCUAGUUACCUCUACAUCGUAAAGUACGAGUUCCCUCUGGUCAUCCAGGCUUUUUUGGGGGUGGAUACACCAACAAGUGAAUGGUACCUGAAUGGAAACUACCUGGUGGUCAUCCUGUCUGUCAGCGUGGUGCUGCCGUUGGCACUGAUGAAGCAGCUUGGGUACCUUGGCUACACCAGUGGAUUCUCUCUCAGCUGUAUGGUCUUCUUCCUCAUUGCGGUCAUCUACAAAAAGUUCCAGGUUUCCUGUCCCUUCAGAGACUUCUCCUCCAACAGCACGAUAAUCCUCAACACCAGCGCUUCCAUGGAGCCUGCCAUCAGUUACCAUGGUGACCGUGGCCAGGGGUCUGCCAGCCUUUGCAGCCCACGCAUGUUCAACCUCAACACUCAGACAGCCUAUACCAUCCCUAUUCUCGCCUUUGCCUUUGUGUGCCAUCCAGAGGUGCUGCCAAUCUACACAGAACUGCGCAACCCCUCCAAGCGAAGAAUGCAGCAUGUAGCCAACAUCUCCAUCGCUAUCAUGUACUUCAUGUACUUUCUGGCUGCUCUCUUUGGAUACCUGACGUUCUAUGAUAACGUAGAGGCAGAGCUGUUGCACACCUACAGCCGCAUCGACCCAUACGACACGCUCAUCCUGUGUGUGCGCCUGGCUGUGCUGACAGCUGUGACGCUCACAGUGCCCAUCGUGCUAUUUCCCGUACGCCGGGCAGUCCAACAGAUGCUCUUCCCGAAUAAGACGUUUAACUGGCUUCGCCACAUCGCCAUUGCCAUCAUUCUCCUUGUGCUCAUCAACAUGCUGGUCAUCUUCGCUCCCAACAUCCUGGGAAUCUUUGGCAUCAUCGGUGCUACAUCAGCGCCCUGCCUCAUCUUCAUCUUCCCCGCUAUCUUCUACAUCCGCAUUGUACCCAGAGAGGACGAACCCAUGCGUUCUACCCCAAAAAUCUUGGCCAUUUGCUUUGCUGCACUGGGUUUCAUUUUCAUGAUAAUGAGUCUAAGCUUCAUCAUCAUUGAUUGGACAACGGGAAGCAAAAAUACCAACGGUGGACAUUAGGAUUUCCUCCACCAUUUUCCCGUAUUUUAGUUUCUGUUUUAUGUAGGUGUCUUUCGUUUGGAUCAUAUGAUAUAAAGGAUGCACUAUCUCUUCCAGCAGUUCAGGGGGUCAGGGUAUGCAAAGAGAGUGGUGUGGAGGGAUCAGGUUUCAGGACACCCGCUGGGCACACCUCUCACCCCACAUCAGCAGCCCAUGGUAGUGCUGAGGCGGGAUCCUGAACCUUCCAAAAACCAUGGCCCUAAUCUGAUGCAUACAGGUGGAGGCCAUAGACACUCAUAUGUAUGUUCUGAUAGAAUUAUGGCCAGACAAAGUUGAGUGAUCAACAGCAGUACUUGAAACACCUUUAGUCACAGCAGGCCAGAACUGUGUUAUGUGUGUGUGUAUGGAGACAACACUCCCCUAGCUACAAGGGACCUAUGUUUCACGCAGCUUGUUUUUAACCCUAGAAUAAUCAGUCUGAGUGCCAGUGAGGUUUACCAUGCAUUCCACUGUUUUUAUUCAUCCUGCGUCUUCAUUGAGCUGACUUCAAAAAUGAUAACUGAAACAACCUUAAAUUCAAAGCAUUAGCUAAAUGAUUGUUUAACUUUCCAGUCAUGUUAGUCCAGUUUGUUGUUAGGAAUGAGAGUAGUGAUGACAAAUUAGAUAGGUUUUUUGUUUUAUAUCUUUGGUUUAAUAUCAUUGGAUUUUGAAUUAAUGAAUUAGUAAUUUUUUUCAUUUAAUCAACGAUUACUAGUUUGUAGCCUUUGAAUAAUUAACUAAAGAUCAGAUUCAACUAAUAAUAUUAACUUAAGAAAAUAUAUGUAAAGAAUAACUAUAUAAAGAAUGGAAACAGUGGUUCAGUGGGUAGCAUAUCUUCAUAGCCAUGGGUUCGAUUCCUGAUUUAAUUUUUGUAUGUAUGGAACCUGUCUGUCUCCAUGAUUGACUGCUCUACUUGGUCCAGUCCCCCCCCCAGUCCAAAAAGAUGCCUUUAGGUGACUUGGUGCCCUUAGUGUGUGAAUGUGUGCCCUGCGAUGGACUGGCAUCAGAUUCAGGGCAUGCCCUGCCUACGGGUUCCCUGCCACCCUGCCACCGAUGGAUAAAUAUAUGUGUAUUCUGUUAUGCUAGUUCCAAAAAUGAUAAAAUCAUAUUUUCACAGUAAUAUAUUAUUAGAAUGCUGGCUCAGGUAAAGAACAGGAUUAUAGUUUAGAAAAAGCAACCUGCGGGGUUAUUUUCGAGGUUUCCACAAUUCAGGGUGAGUAGAGAAUGGAGGAAUGGGUAAACUUACACAAGUGACAAAACAGCAGAAUAUCAUAAGACAAAUGAAGAGAUGCAAUGUUAGCAGGAAUUACAAAAAAAAAACAUCUCAACUCGGUGAUCAGGACUUUGAGAAACCGACGCACAAUGUGACACCACGUCCCGAGCAGGCAUCGCAUACAUGUGGUAUAUUUAGCCUUUUUGAGAAAGAAGUGUAAAAACUCAUUAUUAUUGUGUGUUGUGAUAAUCUUCACAAUGCAUUCGAUUAAAAUCUCAGCCAAGCAAAGUUAACGUGAGAUUGGCUGGACUAAAAACCAGCACAAAUGCUGUGCUCUGGGGGUGAGACACAGAAGUGUCGGGUUAGAAGAUUCAGCUGAAAUCACGCCAGAACCUCACUGGAGACAGUAAGAUGCAAGUGCAUCUACAGUGCAUUAAUCGGGAAAAAGAGACCCACAGCAACACCAGCGCAGAUAAAUCCUGCUCCCCAUGUGUUAUAUGUUUUAGUAUUUUAAGACAGAUGCUGAAGGGCUUUGUUAGGUGUGCAAACACUAUGCAUCAGCCAAUAGUCCGAGAUGAUACUGAGCAGUGCUGGUGUCCUUUCUGGUCACGUGCUGUUAUGUCACAACACUCCUCUACAGGAGAGAAAUAAUACAUAACCUUACAAUCUCAAAGUGAUAGAAAACAGAGAAACACCCUUUCUGCUAAUGGAACCUCAUUGAGGUAUGAUUAUACUUAAUAACAGUGUAUGAACUACAGAGUAGGUUUACAUUUAAAAUGUAAGUUUAGAAUGGAGAUAAGUGGCACCACUACAGUGAGAUUUAGUAUGGAUUAUCGGAUAGAACACUUCAAAAAGCUCUGCGUGUUCAUAACAAUUAAUCGCUAUACUAAAUCCAUCCAUCCAUCUAUUCAUCCAUCUGCUACUUGCUUAUCCAGUACAGGAUCAUGGAGGGGGGUUGGAGUCUAUCCUUGGCAGCACAUCCAAUUUGCACAUCCCAGAUGGGAUGCCAGUCCAUUACAGAGUACACACAACCAGUGUAUCAGUGCAUUGUACUGUAUUGUAUAUGUAUCUACUGUAUGUCAAGCUGUCGUACAAGGUCGUACACUGGACCCCUAUUAAAUUCCCUGUGUGAGUGAUCAUACUUAGCCAAUGAACCUGAUUCUAAUUCUGACACUAUUGCUAGUUUAGUACCCUUAAGAAGUGAAGCAACACUGUCACCCACUCAGCCACAGUGCUGUCCCGGUAAAUUACAUACAAUAUUCACAAACUGACCAAUUAAAUACUUAACUUUGUAACUUUUAAGAUGAAAUCUAUGUAUGUUAAACAAAAUAGUAUUAGAAGUUAACGCAGUAUAAGGAUAUGCAAGUGUAAUUAUGUCAUUUCAAAAAUUCCCCAUCAUGCUCAGUUCCUGUUUGACAUCUCCAGACACUCUGCAGUGCACCCCGUGUUGGACAGCAUCUGAGGAACUUAAAGGAAACAUUGGGGUGGCUACUGUAAGAAAUGUAGAUAUCAGUGUUGUGAAGAACACGUUUAUUACAUUUGAAGUGGUUUUUGCUUCAGUAUAGCGAUCAUCCUGAGCAUAGAGCUGGAAAAGUUUGACGCUUGUUCGGUACUUGAGGUUGCUCUUUUGUCUCAUGAACGCUGAAGCCCUAAAACCAGAGGUGGAGGUUUCAGGUCCAGAGAGUACAAAUCCAGACCAGGAUUUUGUUUCAACCAACCAGUUGAGUAUAAAGAGUCACAGUCACAGCGUACUGAACUGGUUGGUUGAAACAAAAUCCUGGUCUGGAUUUGUACUCUCCGGACCUGAAAUCUCCACCUCUGCCUAAAACUGAACCCCAAUGCCGAAAAAUCAGGAACAGUCUGAAACAAAACACAGUCUCCAGUUGCGUGUUUUACUCGUUUUCUUGACUUUUCCUGAUUUGUGUUUCUGCACUCGGUUCUGAGCCUUCAUGCACUGGUCGAGAUUGUACUUUAUAGCAAAACUGAUGUCACAGUUCUCUGUAGUGAAACAUCCCUGUGAAACUCUCCUACCCUUAAAAAUCUGUGUUUUUGGUGGUUUGUUAAACACAGAAAACAAUCCACAGAGUUUCGGUUGUAUCUGCUGUGUGCCUGGUGUUUGUGUAAAACUGCUCUGUGGAGCUUUGUCAGUUUCUUGUACCAGAGUGAGUGCAGUACCGCUGUAUGUCUGUGUCAUUGUAAUACUCACUACCCUAUGAGACUAAAUGGUUACGAAGCACAAACCUCCUGAACAGGAAGGUCCCCAGUCCAUAUGGUCAGUUGUUGUUUCACUGUUGCCCACAUGAGUUUGCAUCUACCUUUAAUGUCUUUGUGGCUUUAGCUUCCAGUACCUCACUGAUUGGCUGGAACUCCACGGGCAACACAUUCAAAUGGGAAGCACUGUGCAGCUCCAUUCCCACCGAGUGUAGCAGGCAAAUUAGAAGCCAAAACUGAACACCAGGUGGCGACAUUUUGCCAUUGAGAGCUGCGACUGACCAUCAUAUCUGGGCACUGCCUCUAUACCUUUAGCUCUGGUUAUGUGAUUCACUUAAUGAAAUGAUAAUGAGUAAAGUAAUAACUUCUACAAAUUUUGGAUUUGCACAACAGCAUCUAUAUAUAUUGUACAUAAAUGUAAACCCUUUUUAUUCCUGAUGCAUAUCUAGUUUCAUAGUGUAAAUAGAGAUGUUUUAGUUUGGCGAAAACAAAUGUAAUCGUUUAAAAUGCUUUUAAACAAAACAUGUCCGAUUUUGUUUUUAUCAGUAAAUUUAAAUGCAUUUCUGAAGUUGCAAUGGGUGUUGCAAUAAAAAUGAAAACAAGA